UCUCAACCAUCAUUCACUUACAAAUCCGUAGCAUUGAAUUGGCCCCCGCCUAAAUCUUCUUCCUACUCCAAUUACUCUGCCAAGGCGAAGAGUUAGAUCACUCGCUAUCUGGCUGGAAAAGGUGGUCCGGAAGCUUCCUCUCUCCAACCUCUUUUUGUUCAAGGUUCAAGAGGAAGAAGAGAAGAGGAACCACCGCCCAAUGAUGCUUUUACGAAAGUAGCAGAAAGAAGGAUCCGGGAGUUCCUGAGCCAAGAUUGAGACCCGCUUUUGACUUAUUCUAUUAUUCUAAUCAUGAGUAGGAUCAGGUGCUUCUCUCUCUUGGAGACUCGCGUGCCAUGGAUCGCAUGUGAGGAGUCCAUCCCCAAUUGCAUAUUCAUAACUUCCAGUUUGCAUGGUAUAACUGAUAAAGAUAAAACAGAUGGCGUUCAUGGGAGAAUUCUAUCCAAAACUUUUGCUGAUUUGCCUGGACCAGAACUAAAAUGGGAGAAGAUGGCAGCAGCACCAGUGCCACGUCUUGAUGGAGCAGCAAUACAGAUCAAGGAUCAACUAUUUGUUUUUGCAGGAUAUGGAACUAUUGAUCUAGUGCAUUCUCAUGUUGAUGUAUACAAUUUUACGAGCAACACGUGGGGAGGAAGAUUUGAUAUGCCAAAAGAAAUGGCACAUUCACAUCUAGGGAUGGUGACAGAUGGAAGAUAUAUUUACAUAGUCACUGGACAAUAUGGUCCACAGUGUAGAGGACCAACUGCUCAUACAUUUGUUCUGGACACCAAGACCAAGAAAUGGCAGGACAUGCCCCCUUUACCAGUCCCUAGGUAUGCACCCGCAACUCAACUUUGGAGAGGUAGACUCCACGUGAUGGGUGGCAGCAAAGAAGAUCGAUAUACACCAGGAGUAGAUCAUUGGAGCAUUGCUGUGAAGGAUGGGAAAGUUCUGGAGAAGGAAUGGCGAACUGAAAUGCCCAUACCUCGUGGUGGCCCACACAGGGGGUGUGUUGUGGUCAAUGACCGGUUAUAUAUGAUUGGUGGUCAAGAAGGUGACUUCAUGGCCAAACCAAAUUCACCUAUAUUCAAAUGUUCCCGAAGGAACGAGGUUGUAUAUGGUGAUGUUUACAUGUUAGAUGAUGAGAUGAAGUGGAAGGUUUUACCUUCUAUGCCGAAGCCUGACUCCCACAUAGAGUUUGCUUGGGUUGUUGUCAACAAUUCUAUUAUUAUUGCUGGUGGCACUACAGAGAAGCACCCAGUAACCAAGAAAAUGAUCCUGGUUGGAGAAGUCUUCCAAUUUCAGUUGGAUACAUUGAAAUGGUCGGUUGUUGGUAAGCUUCCUUAUCGUGUGAAAACCACGCUGGCAGGGUUCUGGGAUGGAUGGUUUUACUUUACUUCAGGACAAAGAGAUAGAGGGCCAGAUGAUCCUACACCCAAAAAAGUCAUUGGAGAGAUGUGGAGAACAAAACUGAGCUUAUGAGUCAUCUCGUUCUUUAUAAUAGAUAUUCUGUUUGGAUUUGAUUAUUUGCGGAUACACCUACACCACAUGUAUACUAGUUAGACCUGCUGCUCGCUCAUGAUUACUUGGCCUUCACAUUUGUUAUUUUAUCAAACAUGGGAAAAGCAGUGUAAAUCUCUUUGGGAGGACAAUGUUGUAUGUAGAAAGAAAGAAAUCAUGUAAUCGUUCUUUGAGGUUAUAUAUGUAUCUGAUGGCAUCUGUAAAGUUAAGACGAUUGGAUUUUUGGAUGAAAUAUGAAGCCUGAUACAGAUA